GUUUACAGCUUCGCAUCCAACAGUGUCACAUGCUGUUCCCUUUUUUAAUUUUUUUGAAACUACAGAAGCAUUAACAAAAGUAUAGAAUAAUGCAAGAAAUAGAAACCCGCAUUAUCUGAUUCAUUAUACAUCAACUGACAUUCCCCAGAUAUUUGCAGAGUUUUUAUAUUCUUGUUAUUUAUUAAAAUUUUGAAUCUGAAACAUCUUUUGUUUACAUUAUUUCUGCUUCCCACUCAUCUCUCCAGUCAAAGCUUACAAGUUAAUUUCAAACGGGUUACGGGUGGAGUAAUGCUUUGCAGAUUCUUUCGCAGAUGAACAAUCUUUGAUGUGCUAAUUUUGGUUCGACUGCCAGACAUUGCAAUGGAAAAGCGAAAAUGGUUAUGGAAGAAGAACUCUUCGGAGAGAAGUCCUGGUGAAACGGAGAGUUCAGGAUCGAUUUCUUCACAAUCAGAGAGAUACUCUGAUGACCAGGAAGCUUUGAAGGCAUCUCCUAAUCACUGUGCUCGCUCUCCUGAAGUCACAUCAAAAGCUGAAUCCAAUGGAGAAGAUAUUAAUGAUAGCAUUAGGACUCUAACAGAAAAGUUGUCUGCUGCUCUGGUGAAUGUUAGCGCCAAAGAGGACUUGGUAAAGCAGCAUGCCAAAGUUGCUGAAGAAGCUAUUGCAGGCUGGGAAAAGGCUGAAAAUGAAGUGGGUGUCUUAAGGCAAAAACUUGAGGCUGCAGUACUGCAAAACUCGACACUGGAAGCUAGGGUGAGCCAUCUUGAAGGGGCCCUCAAGGAAUGUGUGAGGCAGCUAAGACAAGGCAGAGAAGAGCAGGAGCAAAAGAUCCAAGAAGCUGUGGAGAAGAAAACCUGUGAGUGGGAGGCUGUGAAACUUGAACUUGAGAGCCAACUUCUUGAACUCCAGAGCAAAGCAGAAACUAUUAAACCUGAACCUCCUGUUCAGAUUGAUCCUGAUAUCUGCCACAAACUUGAACUUUUGGAAAAAGAGAACUCAGCCCUCAAGAAUGAACUCCUCUCUCAAAUCGAGGAGUUAGAAAUCAGGGCAAUCGAAAGAGACUUGAGUGCCCAAGCGGCAGAAACUGCCAGCAAGCAACAUUUAGAGAGCAUAAAGAAGGUGGCCAAGCUUGAGGCUGAGUGCAGGAAGUUAAAAGCAAUGGCUUGUAGAUCUUCAUCAGUUAAUGACCUUAAAUCUGGUACUGCCUCCUCGAUUUGUGUUGAAUUGCUUGUGGAUGGUCAAUCAGACAGUGGGGAGCAGCUGAACUCAGUGGAGAUUGAUACCCACAAAAUAAGAGGCUCUGAAGUAGGGAAAUCUGAGCUAAGUUGUUCUGACUCAUGGGCAUCGGCCCUAAUUGCGGAGCUUGAUCAGUUCAGAUAUGAAAAGGCUAGUAAUAGAAGUCUCCCUGCAUCUUCAAUUGAAAUUGAUCUAAUGGAUGAUUUUCUUGAGAUGGAGCGGCUUGCUGCAAUGCCUAAUGAUGGAGGUAGAAAUGAUUUGGAAUCAGAAGCUCUUAUGAAGCAAUCUGUUGAUGCAGAAAGUUCGUUAAGAGCUGAACUCGAAGUAAUGAUUCAUCGAACUGCUGAACUGGAAGAAAAAGUAGAAAAAAUAAAGGCAGAGAAAUGUGAUUUGGAAGAAAAAAUUGAAAAGAUUGAAGCAGAGAAAGGUAUACUGGAAGAAAUAAUUGAAAACCUGGAAGCAGAGAAAGGUGAACUACUGGAAAAACUUAAAAAGACAGAAGCAUGGAAAAGUGAACUGGAAGAAGAAAUGGAAAAGAUGGAAGCAGAGAAAGGUGAACUGGAAGAAAAAAUGGAAAAGGUGGAAUCAGAGAAAAGUGAACUUGAAGUGCAAAUAGAAAAAAUGGAAAUAGAGAAAGCUGAACUGGAAUUGUCUGCAACAAAAAGUGAAGAUUGUGUUGCGACAUCAGAGAAUCAGUUGAGGGAGGCUAAAAAGAAGUUGAAGGAGCUUGAAAGACAGCUAAAUUUGGCAAAUGAAUCAAAGCAGGUCAUUGAGUCUAAAUUUAUCAACACGGAAGUGGAGGUUCAAGCAUUGUCAGCAAAGAUUGACUCAUUAGAAGAUGAGGUUGAAAAGGAAAGGGCUUUGUCAGCACAGAUUACAUUGAAGUGUCAGAAAUUGGAAGAAGAGAUGUGGAGAAUGAAACAGGAGGUUGAGCUUCAACAAAUUGCAAAGUUGAAUGCUGAAGUAAAGAUAAAACCGGAGGAUCUAGAUGUGGCCUCUGGAAAACUUGCUGAGUGCCAGAAAACAAUAGCAUCUCUUGGCAUGCAGCUAAAGUCUCUGGCAACAUUGGAAGACUUCCUGAUUGAUACUGCAAGCAUAGCCGAAUUCCCUAGGGAAGGAUUAUCGAUUCCCACAGCUAGUGGAGAACCAUGGAAGUUACAUUCAAAUAAAACAUAUUUACCCAAAAGAGAAUUGAAUGUCGCAAGUGUAGCUGCUGAGGAUAGUCCUUCAUUAAACAAGAAUGAUGGAAAAACACCAUCUUCUGCAUCAUCUACUUCAUCUGCUGUUUCAUCAAAUCAUGUCAAUCCUGAGAAGAACCGGAAUGGGUCAUCUUCUGCAUCAUCUACUUCAUCUGCUGUUUCAUCAAAUCAUGUCAAUCCUGAGAAGAACCGGAAUGGGUCAUCUUCUGCAUCAUCUACUUCAUCUGCUGUUUCAUCAAAUCAUGUCAAUCCUGAGAAGAACCGGAAUGGGUUUGCCAAGUUCUUCUCUCGGACUAAGAAUGGAAUACAACUAGAUCUGUAGCCAUGUAGAAAAAUAUAGUGAUUUUUCAACUGUAAACCAGAGAAAUUGUCAUUUAGAUAUUCUGAUUAAAUAAUGUUUAGUCAGCAAUAUUUUAUUUUCUUCAUCUAUACACCAAUAUUGGUCCAUAAAGCAACAAUCUUCAAGUAGAAUUUAGAUUUCUGGCACAGGGUAUUUUUCUCCAUGUAAUUCUGAUGAAUUUCUUUAGUUUAGUUUUAUUAUGAGAUUCUUUAA